AUGAGGUGGUUUCAGUUGCUUCUCCUCGGCUCGGCUCUUCUUGAAAAUGCCACCGCCCUCAAGUACGAGGUAACGGGUACCCGAAAGGGUGUACCUAUCCCCAAGGAGCAGAUCAAGUUCGCACCCUACCAGUUUGGUCGUAGCAAGAACAACGGUCCAGGUGCUGUCCAGCCUGCCCCUACCAAGAUCAAGAAGAAGAGAGCCAACCCCAUCUCGAGCAGCGCCAACUGGUGCGGUGCCGUAAACCACUCGCCGACCACCAACAAGAUCAAGAGCAUCCAUUCCUUCUGGCAGGUUCCGGGCUGUACCAAAAGAACGGGCCAAACCUAUCCCCAAGCCGCUGCUGUCUGGAUCGGCAUUGACGGCAACACAUGGCCCUCGGCCCUGCUGCAGUCGGGCACUGUCUGUAAGAUUGACACUUCCACUUCCGCCACAAGACAUGAAGCUUGGUGGCAAUGGGUUCCUGACACUGCAUUUACCAUCUCGACCAUGCCCCUCGCCGUAGGAGACUGGAUCGAAGUCACAAUCAAUACAACAUCUGACACCGCAGCCACCAUCAAAUUCGACAACGUCAGCCAGGACGAACAAGUCAUCGUCAACGUGACUUCGGGCCCGACCCUCGCCCGCAAGGACGCAGACUGGGUCGUGGAGAGGCCCUACUAUGGAUCGAGCCUCGCCGGCUUUCCCAGGUUCGACACGACUUGGUUUGAGGACUCAUAUGCCACACGCACGACGGGCGGCAACCUUGGGAUUCUGGGCGCGACGCAGUACCAGAUUCCGAGUUUGUGCAAUUCGACAGAGUAUGACAAUGCCAAUUCGGUUUCUUUCUCGCUUUAAGGGUUUUGCCUUUCUUUUCUCCUUUUGAAGGGGAUGCUGGGGGGUUAAUGGGAUUAAUGGGGGUUUUGUUUUUCCUUUUUCGAUCGACAUAUCUUUGUUUUUUGUCUUGGAAGUCAUGGGAUUGAUUACCUUCUGGUUUUUUUGGAUAUGGUUAGGGCGGCAGGUCCUGGGUUAAGGGCUAUUUGAGAUACCUUUCUUUCCUUUUCUUUAUUAUAUCUGGCUAGUAUAAUUCUGGCAGCUCAAGUUUGGGUUGUUUUGAAAUCUUUUAGGAUCUUGGGAGGGGACUUGGUUGCAUAUUUUGUCUUGUCCUGUCAGGGAUACUGAUUUUGGGAGUUGGAUAUCAGCCUUGUGGUGUUGUGAAGUGUAACGAUAAUAGGGGUCUCAUAUUAGGUUUCUGUUAUUGUUUUGUCUUGGUCACUAUAUAUGCAGGGGGUGGCUUUAUAUGAUGUACCUUUCAGCUUGUCAUUGGGCAGAUGUGUUUAUGCAAGUGUGGCUUGUCAGGUGAUGCAACCUGAAUGAUGAGAGACGUCAUACAGGUCAUUCAGUGAAUGGAAAAGAG